CUCUCGCGCUCUCGCGAGUCGUACAUCCGCUUCGCUUUCCUCUGCCCUGCAAUUCCUACCGGUGAUAUGUCUCGCAGCAAAGCCUCUAAGCCAGCAACGGAGGCUUCUGCCUCCGCUAGCGACUCCACAGCCACCCAAUCGACUGCCGGCACCACCAAGGAGAACGCGAAAUGGACGCCCGAAGACGAGAAGGCCUUCGUUGGGUACCUCGCUGACCACGUUGCUGAGCGCGGCGACGGGAACUACAAGAUGUCAACGUUCAAUGCCGCAGCUGCAUUCCUUGAGGAGCGGAGGACUGCCGGCGGUCCAAAGACCGGUACUGGUUGUAAGAACAAGUGGGCUCGGAUCAAGGAAACGUACAUGAUAUGCUACAAGCUGAAGCAGAACUGCGGUACGUCUGGGUUCGCUUGGAGUGAGGAGCGAGGGGCAGAUAUAGGGAUUGAGGACGAGGCCAUAUGGGAGGCUUACAUCAAGAAAAAUCCCAAGGCAGACCAGUUCAAGAACAAGGGCUGGUCGCUUUACGAAGCUGUAGACAGGAUCAUCCCCGACAAGGUGAAGGGCAAGAACCUUUUCGCCGCCUCCCAAGCACCAGUCCCGAACCCCCAAUCCUCUGACGACCCCGAGGGAGCUACUUCGGACACGGAGGGUACGGAUGAGUCACCAUCGCAAGAGGGCCCAUUACGAUCAGCACCGUAUGUCCCCCCUCCUGCCCCUCCUGCCCCUCCUGCACCGUCUUCUGGACGCAAGCGCUCCGCUCUCGAGGCGGAAAAUUCCACGCCAUCCCCCGCUGGUUCGUUCACUGCCCAGCGUUCACCCCGAGACACCGCCGUCUCUCGCUCCAUUGACCGGAUGAGUGAAGUGCUCGCCGUCAUUGCUGGGCCGUCGUCCUCAGGCCCGGGGGCUUCAGCGGACACUUCCCUUGAAUCGACUCCUAAGCGGCGGCGCAUCGCGGUCGAGCUCGCAGCGAAGCAGGAGGAGGAUGAGUUGUCAGAGGAUGACAUGGUUGAGCUGGUAGAGGUCAUGCGACGGGACAUCUCAGCUGCAGAUACGUAUCUUUCCUUGUCGAAGGCCAGUGCUAAGCUGCGUCGAGCCUGGGUGCGCAGGGUUGUCGAUCAGCGAUACUCGUAGCGGACUGUCUGAGAUAUUAUGAUAUGUAAUACUCGAUAUAAUGCUGUAUCUAGUCUACUGGGUCGCCCUCCCCUGCCUCCGCCCGCCUCAGCCAGUCCUGGUAUGACUC